UACAUUACAGCUCAGAGAAAUUCUUUUCUUCGCAUAUCCCAGUUUGAGCCUGGGGUCAGAGCGCAGGAUCAGCCAUGAGACGGCGCCCCUGGAGCAGAGAGGGUUAAGGGCCUUGCUCAAGGACCCAGCAAGGGUGCUGUAUCAUGGCGCCUAUAGUAUAAUGCUGCCUAUCAUAGUACCCUACAAGAGACAGUUAUCCUUUUAGAGAGGGUUCCAUGUCGUCUUGAGGAACGUGACUGAUUGUUUAAUUUGUCCCCUUGUGUACUCUGUAUGUUUUUAUUUUACAUAUUAAUUUGGAGUUGCGUCCCAGCCGUUAUUCACCCACCUUGUGCAGUGUUCCCAGGAUAAGUUUCAGAUCCACCGUCACCCUGACCAGGUUACUGAAGAUCAGUGAAUGAAUGAAGGGAUUUGGACCUCAGUCAUUUUACCACUAUGCAUUUCUUUUGAAAAAUAGUUGAGUAGUUGUGUGAUUUAUUUAUUUAUUUGUUUGUUUGUUAGAGGACGGAUUUAAUCAGUUUUCUGAAGGAUGCCAUUAAUUCUGGAGCUGAUUGCAUCAUGUAGGCAGUGUGUUGCUGUUUGGUGUAGAGGUUGCAGAUGGUAUCUAUAUCAGUAAUGUGCCUAAUCUAAUUGGGACAGGGCCUGACUCUGCUGUUGUUGAUGCUCGUGAACUUUAAAGAGCUCGGGACUCUUUUUCUUCCACGCGCACAGGCUCCAAACUGAGAUACAGGGACUACAGCUUCAACAUUUUCCUAAGAAUUUUUUAAAGUUAGCAUGUUUAUUUAUUAUUUAUUGCAGGUCUGUAUAAAAUGCAUGGUGACCAGUGUCUCGUGCUGGAUGUCAGGGUCAGUAUACAUGUAUACUGUAUACAGUACAUGUAUACAUGUAUACAGUAUACACACACCGUGUGUGUGUUACGCACAUGGCUCAGUUCAUCACUGUAAGUCGCGUCUGUCAUUGGCCAGAAGUGUCUCGAGCCCUUGUUGUGACGCUUGCCUAUAUAACGGGGCUCGUGCCAGUGGGACGGCGUGUCCGCGCGCGCCCCACCCAGAGCUGCAUGGACGCUUCAUUUCCGUGUCUCCAGAGAGCGCGCGCAGAACAUCAGGAUUAUAACAGGAGCAUCCUUCUCCUCCGAAUUUAGCCACAGAAAGAUCUGGCAGGUUUUCCCUGGCUGCUUUGAGAGUUCCCCGAAAAGCCAGCGAUCAUGGCAAACAGAGGCCCCAGUUACGGCCUGAGCCGGGAGGUGCAGGAGAAAAUCGAACAGAAGUACGAUCACGAUCUGGAGGCUCGGCUGGUGGACUGGAUCGUCGCGCAGUGUGGAGGAAAUCUGGAAAGACCCCAAACAGGAAAGCAGAACUUCCAAAAGUGGCUCAUGGACGGCACCAUCCUCUGCAGGCUCAUUAACAGUCUGUACCCACGUGGCAAAGAGCCCAUUAAAAAGAUCCAGGAGACACAGAUGGCUUUUAAGCAGAUGGAGAAGAUCUCGCAGUUCCUCCAGGCAGCCGAGGCGUACGGAGUCAUCACCACCGACAUCUUUCAGACUGUAGAUUUAUGGGAAGGAAAGGACAUGGCCGCAGUCCAGAGAACUCUAAUGGCUCUGGGCAGUGUGGCACUCACCAAGGAUGAUGGACAUUACCGUGGCAACCGGGACUGGUUCCACAGGAAGUCGCAGGGUAACCGGAGGGAAUUUUCUGAAGAGCAGCUGCGCCAGGGACAGAACCUGGUCAGCCUGCAGAUGGGCAGCAACCGCGGAGCGUCCCAGGCUGGCAUGACGGGGUACGGCAUGCACCGCCAGAUCAUGUAACCCAGCCUGGAGAUGACCUACCACCUGCAUCAGACACCCAGAAGACCUUAAUCUGUGCAGACGAGCAACAUCUGGUUCAGUCGUCAUUUUCAUUAAUGCUUUCGGUUGUCAAAUGAUGAGGUAGAGCACUUUUAAUAUCAGCGUCCUUUUAAAAUGUCUAGAAGUUCCAUGUAUGAUAUUAAUUCAUAACUUAUUAUAUCUGAUUAGCAUGACUACUAUGGGAUUUUAUUUUUAUGUACUAUAAUAUACAUAGUUAGCAGUAUUCAACAUAAAUACCCAGAUCUGUGUGACGUCCAUUACUGUAAAUCACUGCUGUUCAUCUCUGUAAACACUUAAACUAUGUCUAAAAACACAUACUACCGUACUAAUAAUAUGUCCAUAGAGCAUUAUAUACUGGCAUACAUACACUGACCUCCAUGUUAAAAGUUGCACAAUGAUUAAAAAAUCCACACACACAACUUCCUGUCAGAUUUGUACUGUACCACGUGUGAAUGCAUAUCUGUAUUUAUUUCCUUAGUUAAGUGCCAAAACUCCCCAUAUGCAUAUUUUGCAGAAUUUUUUUUUUUUGUCUUUCCAUUUGGAAUUGUAUUAGAAGUUUAUAUCCAAGUUUCAUAUUAUGCGUUAUUGUUUUGCUUGUGAAGAUGUUUAAUAAAUUGAUAUUAUAUUCAUGGACUACCAUUUAUUAGCUGUUAGACAAUACACAGGAGCAAAUAAAAGCUCUUUAGAAGAAAUGAUCUAAACCCACCCUGUGAAGGCAAAUAUCAGGUUCCAAGCUCAAUA